CGCAGCAGCAGAGGUGUGAUGGGGGCGUCGCCUUCCCCUGAUAGCCGGGUCGCCUCCCGCCCCUCAGGGCGCCCAGACUGUGAGAGGGGGCAGGCCGGGCUGAGUUUUCAUGCACCGGCCCUCUAGUUCCCAUAUAUAGUUAAUCCUCAUUCUCAUAUCUCAGAUCAACCACCAGCUUACUUCCUGUCUCUGUAUUUUUCAACCUUUUAUUUAAAUGGGAUAAUACAAUAUGUGGUCUUUUGAGACUGGCUGUUUAACUUAUAAUGUUUCAAGAUCAUGUUGUAGUAUAUAUCAUAAUUCCAUUCCUUUUUAUUGCCCAUGAAUAUUUUACUGUGGAUAUACCACCCUUUCCCUAUCCAUUCACCCACAUAGGUGUACAUUUUAGUUGUUUCCUGUUUGGGGUUCUUAUGAAUAACAGUUUUAGAAACACUUAGGUGUAAGUUUUUGUGUGGAGAUAUGUUUUCAUUUCUCUUUGAUAGGUACCUAGAAGUGGAAUUGCUUGGUGAUUGGUAACUUUAGGAAUAACUUUUUAAGAAACUGCCAAAACUGUUUUCCACAAAUCUUGUCCAGAAUCUUGUGUUUCUUAUCAGAUACUAGAAACCAAUUUGUUGUUGUUGUUAUUUUUUUAGAAAACAGUUGUCUGUGGUCAUUUAAAAAUUAUUGCUAAAGUUUCACAUUGUUAGGGAAGACAAUGAGGCAGAGUCAACAGAUUUUUCAGAAGUUAUGAGUGACCUUCACAGAACAGAACAAUCACUUCAGAGGUACAGACACUCCCAGGCACAGUUCUGCCCGCCAGGACUCUCCAUAUCUCAGCCAGGACCUACAUUUGCAGAAGUAAGAAGACAAGAAUGACCACACUUAAGGAGGCGGUGACGUUCCAGGACGUGGCUGUGGUCUUCACGGAGGAGGAGCUGGGGCUGCUGGACCCGUCCCAGAGGAAGCUGUACCGAGACGUGAUGCUGGAGAACUUCCGGAACCUGGUCUCAGUGGGAUACCGGAAUCAAAAUGAGAUAGAGACUCUUCAACAAGUUGGAUUACGGGACCUUUUUCAUGAAGACCUUGUGUGCUGGCCAAUAUGGGAACAAAUCAUGAGUAAGUUAACCAGAAAUCAAGGCUUGAUAAUAAAUAUACAAGGCAAGAGGUCUGAUUUGCCAGUCCAAGGCGAUUCCUUCUGCCAGUUGUGGGCAACAGAAUCUACUCAGGUUUCUGAAGAUGAGAACUAUGUAAUAAAGGUGCAAGGGGAAGUUCAAAGUGCCAAUAGUAUAAAAAAUCAAGAUUUUCCAAGUAAGACCGCCUGGGAUUUCUGGAGAGAGUCACAGAAUUAUCAGAGUAGGUGUCAGCAGUUUGAUGGGAAAUGUAAACUGUGUAAGUGUGAUGGUUGUGAUAUUAAAAAGACCUCUCAUGACCAUGAUGAUGAUCAGGAAGUACAUAAAGGUGAGAAGUCAUGUAGCCACAAGAAUUGCGGAAAAUGUUUCAUGAAGACAUCAUUUCAGCACAAUGGAGUUCAUGCAGGAGAGCAAAAUUCUCAUGAGAAUGGACAAGGCUUCAGUUUUGGCCCCAGUCUUGAACUUCAUCAGCAGUUACACCUAGGAGCAAAAUCUCAUAUGUGUAGUGAGUGUGGGGAUGGCAUCAGUUAUAGCUCGCUGCUUUGCACUCAUCAAAGUGUUCUCACAGAAGAGAAAUUCAAUAGGAAUGGUGAGUGUGGUGAAGACUUCUGUCAAAGCUUACAUCUGCAAAUUCAUCAGAGAAUCAACACAGGAGAGAAGCCCUACAAAUGUGCUGUGUGUGGGAAAGGCUUCAGUCGGAGUUCACACCUUCAAGUUCAUCACCGAGUCCACACUAGAGAGAAACCCUACAAAUGUGCUGUGUGUGAAAAGGGCUUCAGACUGAGUUCACAGCUUCAUGCCCAUCAGCGAAUCCACACUGUAGAGAAGCCAUACAAAUGUGAGGCAUGUGGUACGGGCUUUACUCAUAGUUCACAUCUUCAAGAACAUCAACAAGUCCACACUGGAGACAAACCCUACAGGUGUUCUGUGUGUAGUAAGAGCUUUAGUCAGACCUCAAGUCUUCAAGCCCAUCAGCGAAUCCACACGGGAGAGAAACCGUACAAAUGCACUGUGUGUGGUAAGAGCUUUAGUCAGAAAUCACAUUUGCAAGUUCAUCAGCGAGUCCACACUGGAGAGAAACCCUACAAAUGUGCCGUGUGUGGGAAAGGCUUCAUGUGGAGCUCAUAUCUUCAUGUUCAUGAGAGGAUCCACACAGAAGAGAAACCUUACAAAUGUGGGGUGUGUGGAAAGAGCUUCAGUCAGAGUUCACAUCUUCAAGCCCAUCAGCGAAUCCACACUGGAGAGAAACCCUACCAAUGUGCCGUGUGUGGUAAGAGCUUCAGUCGGAGUUCACAUCUUCAAGGCCAUCAGCGAUUCCACACAGGAGAGAAGCCCUACAGUUGUGCUGUGUGUGGUAAGAGCUUCAGUCAGACCUCAAGUCUUCAAUACCAUCAACGUGUCCACACUGGCGAGAAACCCUACAAAUGUGAACAGUGUGGUAAAGGCUUCAUGGUGACCUCAAGUCUUCAUGUUCAUCAGAGGAUCCACACAGGAGAGAAACCCUACAAAUGUAGCGUGUGUGGGAAGAGCUUCAGUCAGACCUCAAGUCUCCAGACUCAUCAGCGAGUCCACACAGGAGAGAAACCCUACAAAUGUGCUGUGUGUGUGAAGAGCUUCAGUCGGAGUUCAUAUCUUCAGUCCCAUCAGCGAGUCCACACAGGAGAGAAACACUACAACUGUACUGUGUGUGGUAAGAGCUUCAGCCAUACCUCAAGUCUUCAAGACCACCAGCGAAUCCACACUGUCGAGAAACCCUACAAAUGUUAAGAGUGGGAGAGACUUCAUGUAGAGCACCUGUAUCUUCAGGUUUAUCAGAAGAUCCACACAGGAGAGAAUCCCUAUAAAUGUCACCUGUGAGGCAAGAUCGUCAGUCUCACUAAGUCUCAUCUUCAAGCUCAUAAAAAUGUGAGACAUGCCAUAGGGCUUUAAUCACAGUUCACGUCUUCAAGAACAUCAGUGAGUCCACACAAAAGACAAACCCUACAAAUGUGCUGGCUGUGGUAAGAGUUUCCAGUCAGACCGCAGUCUCCAAACUCAUCAGCAAAUCCACACUACAGAGGAACCCUACAAAUGUGCCGUGUGUGCUAAGAGGUUCAAUCAGACUUCACUUCUGCAAGUUCAUCAGUGAGUUCACAGUAGAGAGAAACCCUACAGGUGUGCUGUGUGUGUGUGAGAAAGGCUUCAUGUGGAGCUCGUAUCUUCACGUUCAACAGAGGAUCCACUCAGGACGGAAACCCUAUAAAUGUGACAUGUGUGGUAAAAACUUCAGUCAGAACUCAAGUCUUCAAGCUCAUCAGAGAGUCCACACAAGAUAGAAGUUAUACAAAUGUGAGAUAUGUUUCAUAAUUAGUUUUUUUGUGUUUAAAUAAAUUCCUUUCUUAAUAUUUCUCUUUUUAAAAUAUUUUUUAUUGAUUUUAGAGAGAGAGAGGAAGGGAAAGGGAGAGAUAGAAACAUCAAUGAGAGAGAAACAUUGAUCGGCUGCCUCCUGCACACACUUUACUGGGGAUUAAGCCCAAAACCCAGGCAUGUGCCCUGACCAGGAAUCAAAUCAGCGACCUCUUGGUGCAUAGGACAACACUCAGUCCACUGAGCUACACAGGCCUGGCUUAAUAUUUCUUUAAGAAAAACAUUUUUAUUGACUUCAGAGAGGAAGGGAGAGGGAUAGAUAGGAAUAUCAGUGAUGAGAGAGAAUCAUCAAUUGCCCGCCUCCUGCACACCACCCACUAGGGAUGAAGCCCGAAAUCUGGGCAUGUGCCCUGACCAGGAAUCAACCCGUGACCUCCUGGUUCAUAGGUUGACACUCGGCCAUGGAGCCACACCUGCUGGGCUUAAUAUUUCUUUUUACUUAACUUUUUAUAACAGCAUUUAAAAAUAAAUUUUAAAAGUGAUACCAUAAAAAGAUUAUUAUUUAUCAUGCAAGUAGAUGUUAUACACAUUCAGUAAUUAUUAACAGUUGGGUUACAUUUACAUUGUAUAGGGUUUGAGAAAAGCCUAAAGAACAAGUAUUAUUAUUAUUAUUAUUAUUAUUAUUACUAAUAGUAGUAGUAACAUUAAUUUGUAGGUCUAUAGGCCUUGUUGGUAUCUCAGGAUGGCUGUCUAUUUCUGAUGUUUGGGCUUUUUAUUCUUGAAAAGUCUUUGAUCUCCACUGUAGAUAGAGGUAAGUGUCAGAGUCAGGGUCAGAUGUCCAUUCAUGGUUAGGCACCUGAUUAGGUAAGGUCUCUUCCAACACUGUUGUAGAGAGUCUUUAAUUAAUGUCUUUACCGUUGGACAAAAAUCUCCAGGUUGUAAGUUAUGGUCUUAGAAGUCUUCAGAAUUUUAUACAUUUUUAAUCUAAUUUAAAAAUAUGAUCUCUUUGGAAACCUGUAAUUUAGAGUAAGUCAGAGUCUUUUUUAUGGAUUUUUCUAAAGAUAUAUUUGUAAAUGUAUAAAAUAAAGUGACUGUAAAUGACAAAACAAAAUGGUGUGGUAAUAAAUUUGAUUUCAAUGCAAUUGAUAAAAAACAACAACACUGUUUUUGUAAGAAACAAUAGUCAAAGACAACAAUUUUUUUUGUAAAUAAGUUACCCAUGGCUUAUUAGAAGUGUGUAUUGAGCAUUGGAAAUAAUUUAUUUCCAAUGUGUGGAUCACAAAUAUCCAGAGUACCACUGCCAGAUGCCCCCAUACAGAACCAUUGCUCUUGGCUUGCCCUGUGCCACCGACAGGACACUUGCUAUCCCUGGGAGUUGCCUGUUUGAACUUGGCUUUAAAUGUUUGCAAGUUUUUCCCUAGGGCCGAGGGAAAUAUUUAGAAUAUCCAUUUUUUGAAAAAUAUGUGUACAUACAUAGGAUAUUAUUACUAUUAGUAUUCAUUUUGAUUUGGGAAAGCUUUCUGUGUAAUUUCAAGUAUAUUAAAUUGGCUAAUUAUUUUUAAAACUCUCUUUAAAAGGAGAGAGAAUAGCUGAGCAUCAGCCCAUGAAAGGAGGUCAUGGGUUCGGUUCCCAGUCAGGGCACAUGCCAGGUUGUGGGCCCGAUCUUGAAUUUCAUCAGCAUUUUCUCCUAGGAGCAAAACCCCAUAUAUGUAAUGUGUGGGGAGACAUUCAAAGCUCCCAUGUGCAAAUUCAUCAGAGAGUUAACACAGGAGAGUUAACACAAAUGUAAAGAGUGUGGGAGAUUCAUGUGUAGCUUGAAUCUUCAUGUUCAUCAGAGGAUACACACAGGAGAGAAAUCCUAUAAAUGUGGUGUGUGAGAGGAGUUUCAGUCAGAAUUCAAGUCUUCAGACCCAUCAGUGAGUCCACACUAGAGAGAAACCCUAUAAAUGUGCUGUGUGUGGUAAAGGCUUCAUGUGGAGCUCAUGUUUUUAUGUUUAUUGGAGAAUCCACACAGGAGACACACCCUACAAAUGUGCUGUGUGUGGUAAGAGCUUCAGUCAGACUUCAUAUCUUAAAUCCCAUCAGUGAGUACACACAUAGAGAAACACUACAGAUGUGCUGUGUGUGGUAAGAGCCUCAACCAUACUUCAAGCCUUCAAGACCAUACUGAGUCCACACUGGGGAGUAACCCUACAAUUGUUAAGCAUGUGGGAAAGGCUUCAUGUGGAACUUGUUUCAUGUUCAUUAGAUGAUCCACAGGGGAGAGAAGCCAUACAAAUGUGACAUGUGAGGAAAGAGCUUCACUGAGUUCACAUCUUCAAGCCCAUCAAUAAGUCCUCAGUGGAGAGAAACCCUACAAAUAUCCUGUGUGUGGGAAAGGCUUCAUGUGGAGCUCCUGUCUUCCUGUUCAUCAGAGGAUCUACACAGGAGAGAAACCCUAUAUAUGUGGUAUGUUUGGUAAGAGCUUGAGUUAAACCUCACAUCUUCAAGCCAUACAUAUAUGAGAGAUGUGGUAAGAGCUUCAUUCCCAUUUCCCCACCUUCAGAUCCAUCAGAAAAUUCAUACAGGAGACAAGACAUACAAAUGUGGACAUGUGGUAAGGGCUUUGAUCACUGUUCACGUCUUCAGGAAUAUCAAUGAAUCCACACUGGAGAGAAACCCUACAAAUGUGCUGUGUGUGGGAAGGACUUAAGUUGGAGUUCACAUCUUCAAGCCUAUCAGUGAGUACACCCAGGAGAGAAACCCUACAUAUGUGCUGUGUGUGGUAAGAGCCUCAGUAAGACCUCAAGUCUUCAAGCUUAUCAGUGAGUCCACACUGCAGAGAAACCCUGCAGAUCUUGGUAUUGUCAUGUUCAUCAGAGAUCUACACAGGAGAGAAAUACUACAAACGUGCUGUGUGUGAUAGGAGCUUCAGCUAUACCACAAGUCUUCAAGAUGAUUAGCGAGUCCACACAGGGGAGAAACUCUACAGAUGUGCUUUGUGUGGGAAGAGCGUCAGAGUUCAAAUCUUCAAUCUCUUCAAUGAGUACACACUGGAGAGCAAUCCUAUAAAUGUUAAGAGUGUGGGAACAGCCUCAUGUGGAACUCGUAUCUUCAUGUUCAUCAGAGGACCCACAGGGAUGAGAAACCCUGUAAAUGUGGCCUAUGGUAAUAAGUUCAGUCAGACCUCAAGUCUUCAAGUUCAUUUGACAAUCCUUACUACAGGGAAACCCUACACAUGUUUUGCAUGUGAUAAGGGCUUAGUAAGAGUUCCUGUCUUCUGGUUCAUCAUAGAGUUCAUAAUGUGGCCUGUGUUUUGGCAGAGUUCAAAAUGUCACAGUUCUUAAGAGAAUGCUCCAUAGAGUAAACCUAUAAGAGUGGUACAAUAAGUUGGUCAGAACCUUUAGUUUCACUAAAAUCUACACAGGAUAAAGGCCUUAAAAAUAAAGAAGAUCGGGACCUUUGCAAAGGUAAAAUGACGGAAAUCUCUGUCCGUGAGAAUGUAAACUUCAUGGGGUCAGGAAGUUUAUUUACUGCUGAAUGAACAUGACCUCAAACCACUGCCUAACAAUUAGAAGGUGCCUGGAAAUGUCUAAUUUUUAAAAAAAUAUAUAUUGAUUUUUUACAGAGAAGAAGGGUGAGGGAU